ACAUUGUUUAUAAUCAUUUCAUUUCUUUUUUGGCUCUCAUAUAAUUUCAGGGAGAGAGAUAGUGACAAAGAUGGUAAGGUUAACUUCAAAGAGUUCUUUCAUGGGCUGUUUGACUUAGUGAGAAACUAUGAUGAGGAGAGUCAUGAUUCUUCUCAUCAUUCCGAGGAUUCACAAGAGUCUCCGGCUAAAAAGUUGUUUGCUGAGCUUGAUAAAGAUGGAGAUGGAUAUUUGUCAGACGCUGAAUUGCUACCUAUAAUUGGAAAACUUCAUCCAUCAGAGCGUUAUUAUGCCAAACAACAAGCAGAUUACAUCAUACAGCAGGCUGAUGCAGAUAAAGAUGGAAGGCUUACUUUAAAAGAGAUGAUUGAUAGCCCAUACGUGUUCUAUAGUGCAAUAUUUAACGAGGAUGACGAAGACUAUGAAUACCAUGAUGAGUUCCGUUAGUUCAGGGCUAGGAUGGCUCAAGUUACUCGUGUAUCAUACUUUUUAGUUUGGAAAUUUUUACACCAUGUGGUGAGACAUCAAAAUUUUAUUUAUCCGAUAGUUUUCUUUGUAAUCGCCGCCUUGAUCAACCAUUAUCGACAAUAUAACUUCCACUAUUUUGUAGAGGAAUUCUAGGGGGACAAACUUUGCAUUUAGCCAUCCAAUUUCUUUAUUUUCAGUGUCCCAAUUGUUUUUACGUUAUACCUUUGCAAUUCUAAACAUAAUUAUUUUUAAUCCUACCA